AUGCCUACCCUGCGACACUGCGGCACCAAUUUCCUCCCGGUGAUAGUGCCCGAUCGCGACCUCGAGGUCAAAGAGCUGCCCCAGCAGCCUCUUGACCUCUUCCAUCACUUUGUGCCUUAUUUCCUAGUCGCAAAAUGGUCGCAGCUGGAAGCCAAGGGCUCGAAUUCGCAGUUGGAAGCCAACCACCGUGCCAGAGGAAUUCAUAAGGAAAUCACAAUCCGAGACCAUUGGAAGACUUCCCGGCUAGGGCACCAAGGUUCCGACCAUCCAAUCCUCAAAGUCAUGACUUUUGACCGCUAUACAGGAAGGUCAUACCAGACAAUACGAGUCCCAAAUAAGCCUAUCCCCGUGGGCUUCAAGAUCUGGGCCACGGCGCAAAAAGGCCUCUUCUUGCGGUGGCUUUGGCACGAGCCGAAGAAGAGAUACGGUCCAGUUAGCCUCGUAACGCGGCUUCGAUCUCAGAGAAGAAGGCGACUUUCUACACGCCUCAACCCGACACAAAGCGUGGUUAUUGCCCUUAUUAAUAAGCUGCCAAAAGCCAUAUAUCACGUCUUUAUUGAUAACCUCUUCUCAUCAGCUAACCUCUUUAGAAGCCUCCGUCAGUACGGCCACGGGGCCACAGGCACGGCCCGCCGCAACUGUGGUAUCUACGCCCCCUUCGCGAAGCUCAAAGACGAUGAUUCUGCCGGCCGGAGGCUCCUUCAGUUCAAUGAGGUCAACCUAAUCGCGUGGAAGGAUAACGCCCUCGUGCUCCUCUUAUCUACUGUAUUCAAAGGCGACGAGCUUGUCAUACGGAAGAGGAAGAGGCCAAAUACAGAUUAA